AUGAUGGAACUGAUGCUCCUGGAAGACGUGUUAAGGCGCUUGAGAGAUGAGCAGGUGAUCCAAGACAAACAGCAUGGCUUUACCAAGGGAAUAUCGUGUCUGACCAAACUGAUGGCCUUUGAUAAUGGAGUGGCAAUAUUGGUGGACAAAGAACCUAUGAGAACACCUAAAACUUUGAAGAUUGCUGAGAUUCAGGCCAGACACAUUGCAGUGGAUUGGGAAUCUUUGGGUUACAAUAUCACUCGUUGCCACACUUUCAAUGUCACAAUAUGUUACCAUUACUUCUGUGGACGCAACGAGAGCAAGGCAGACUGCUUGGACAUGGACCCCAAAGCACCCCAGCAUGUUGUGGAUCAUCUGCCUCCAUACACAAAUGUCAGCCUCAAAAUGAUCUUAACCAACCCAGAAGGGAGGAAGGAAAGUGAGGAGACCAUUAUCCAGACAGAUGAAGAUGUUCCAGGACCUAUACCUGCCAAGUCAGUGAAAGGAACUCCUUUCGAAGAUAAGAUCUUCCUCAACUGGAAGGAACCUGUGGACCCAAAUGGCAUCAUCACUCAGUAUGAGGUGAGCUACAGCAGUAUACGGUCGUUUGAUCCUGCAGUUCCAGUGGCAGGACCUCCACAAACUGUGUCAAAACUGUGGAACAGCACACACCACGUCUUUUCACAUUUACAUCCUGGGACUACUUACCAGUUCUUUUUACGUGCAAGCACUGUCAAGGGGUUUGGGCCAGCAACCACAAUCAAUGUAACAACCAACAUUUCAGAGCCUCCUCGACCAAUAGCACCUCCACAGUUGCUGGGUGUUGGACCAACAUAUUUGCUAAUUCAGCUCAAUGCAAAUUCAAUUAUUGGUGAUGGACCCAUUAUUCUGAAAGAAGUGGAGUACCGAAUGACAUCUGGGACCUGGACUGAAACCCAUGCUGUCAAUGCCCCAACCUACAAACUCUGGCACUUGGAUCCGGACACUGAAUAUGAGAUUCGGGUGUUGCUUACCAGACCAGGUGAAGGUGGCACCGGGCAGCCAGGACCACCGCUCAUCACCAGAACCAAGUGUGCAGCUGCUGCUCCUGGUCUGUCCUAUGGGAGUCCCAGCUAUGAAGCAGUGGCAGUUGUGUAUGGCACAGUCAGUCUUGUGUCACUGCAAAAGCCUGACUGA